AUGCGCUACAUCCAUUACUUCGCCGCCUCACUGGCGAUUAGCAUCCUUCCGGCCUUUGCUAUGCCCACGGCCUCCGCUACCACGGCCUCCCUAUCCCGGACAGCUGGUAUCACCCGCAUCGCCACAUCUCGUCCCGGCCUAUCGCCCCAGGAUCCGAACUUUCCCAUUCCAAUGCCGGACUUCAAUGUACCCGAUGAGCCCAUCAAGCCAAAGGACCCAACUCCCACCCAGGCGCUACCCAUCGAGACAGACUCCGUCACAGUCAUUCCAGUGCCGGACUUUAAUACAUAUUACAACCACAUCGACCCAAUCUUCCCAAUCCCCACUCAUAUGCCGGACGACGAUUCAGCCACCGAGGACCAGGAGUACGUAAACAGCCGUCAGCUUCGUCAGCUCGUGCCCGGUCAAAUCCCGAGCCCCGAAGAGGAGUUGCUCAACGAGGGCGAGUACUCGCCUCACCUUACUCCGGGCAUCGUCAUCAUGGACGGAAAGCCCACGCCAGUUCCACCUCAAGACCCUGAGACACCCGAAGACCCGGAGACGACAGCUUCUGCCAUGUUGCCAGCCACCAACCUUACGAGCCGCGCAGAUAUCGAAUCUACCUUUAAAGGCUACAUCGAUCGCUGCGACGUCUGCCUCAUGCGUGGCGAGGACAAGCUGUGGUGUGUCUGCAGGUCGACCAAGGGGCAGCCCGACACGAUCAUCAACAAGGUGGAAUGCGAAGCCAACCUGAGCAAGAGGCUGGGGAACUCUGAUGGUAAACUUGUGUGGUCAUCUCUUGGGUACAGGGACUCUUGCAGGACCUUUGCCCUCCGUAAAGGACGAUAUUUCUAUGCCGAGUGCCCAAACAAGGAAGGCGUAUGGAAGGACACCAUGAUCGAUCUCAAUGAGCACAUUGGGAUUUAUGAUGACGGCCAUGAGAUGUCGCUGCAAUUGGCGUAGGGCAUGCAUUAUUGUCUACUCAUCUUACGAGUUUCUUGGAUUUUUUAUGGGCCAUCAUUUUUUUGGUAUCAGUGACGAGUUCACUUGAUUGUUUGGCUGGCAACAGGAGAUUAGGGGGUUUUGAUAGCCUUUUUUUUGGCUGGAUGGAACACAAAGUUUUCGGAGGUAUUCACUGUUUACAAGGAGGAGGUUAUGGUCCGGUCCAGCCUACCUGCCAUAGCUGUCUGGGGCAAGCACGGA